CCAUCGAUUACCCUGGUGUCGCGUUUGCUAUUCCAAACCACUGAAACAUUCAUUCGAAUGCCAUACCAUGUCGUGACUCACGCAACUCUUCAAAUUACAGAAUUGACAGACCGUCUGUCCUAUUGGCAUAUGGAAUGACGUCAUGGUGCAUUCGAUGCAUGAACUAAACAAACUCCAAUAAAUUCAUGUAACUCAUGCGUGCUGGGCCCUCGAGGACGUCGCGGAUGGCCACCGAAGUGUUACAAAAAUAUUGAUCACCGUGCGAGAAAUUUUAAGACGGAUUUAUGUCGUGAGAAAUUAAUAUUCCCGCCAUGUACGUUACAUUCUUCUUCCUCUUGCAGUUUGCUCUGUUAUCCACUGCACAAGAUCAUGUGUUCAUCCGCGACUAUUUCGUGCACAAGAGGGUUCGGAAUGUCGUAGGAUUUUCUUGCGGCGACACAGUGGGCGACUUCGAGCUUCUGAAAACGCUGAGCACCACGGGUAUAUUUACGAUAAUAAGGGAGCCGACCAUAAAGAUCAACAUCCGCAGAUUCUUGAAAAGCGAAACAUGGACGCUCGGUGUCAUCGUUGAUCUGCGUUGUCUCAACGACACUGCGGUUCGAAUUUUUGCCGAAAGCUCGAAAUACAGAAUGUACGACUAUUCGUACAACUGGUUGAUCCUGGGAUCGAAUUAUAGCGACAGUGUUCCACUUUUGAACGACACCACUUACAACAUGGUGACCGAUUUGGUCCUCGCCAUAUCGAACAAAAGUGGCUACGAUCUGUACGAUGUUUUCAAUCAUUGCAAAUAUCGUGGUGGUUUGUUGAACGUCACCAAACUUGGUACUUGGCAUCCCGGCGAAGGGUUGAAUAUCGUUUUAACGCAGCCUUUAAUUAACAGGAGAGCUAAUAUGCACGGAAUGAGACUGAAAAUAUCCGGCGUGAUACAAUACCGACCGAAAGAUAUGCGCCUCGAGGACUAUAUGCAGGACGUCAACACAAGGUCCUUGGAUAGCAUGCACAAAUUUGUGCAUGCCAUGAUCUUGCACACUGGCGAUCUCUUCAACUUUAGCGUGCACGCUUCCGAAAUAAUUUACUGGGACAGACACAGCGUGCACGGUUUGAUCUUUGAAUUUCUGCAAUCGAAUUACAUCGACUUCGCUAGUAAUCCGAGGAUCAUGGUGUCUGAGCGGUUGGAUUAUGCUUCACUGAUUGGCGCCGCAUGGCCGAUACGGCCAUGUUUCAUGCUGUUGUCGACGUCAACCAACAAAAUCAAACUGGAGAUUUUCUUGAAGCCGUUCGCGAGGCAAACAUGGUACACGUUCGCAGGAUUCGGGUUGUUCUCGAUCUUCGUGUUGAAAAUGAUAAUGAAUUGCGAAGGGAUCGGAAAGAAGGAGAAAUAUUCUGGGGCGGUCGUGUUAUCAGUGGGGAUAAUAUCGCAGCAAGGUGCGAAUUUGACUACGAAACGCGUGGCUAGCCGCAUCGCCUUGUUCCAGAUCACUAUACAGAGCUGGAUAAUGUACAAUUACUAUUCCGGUAGUAUUGUCUCGGCUCGGUUAAGCGAACCUCUCGACAUGAUGGAGGAUUCAGUGACCGUCCUAGCUGACAGCAAUUUGAAAAUCGCUGCGGAGGCUGUGCCUUACUUAAAUUACUUUUUGUAUAAACUAAACUGGGAAUCCGACUACUUCCGGAAAAAACGCUGGGAUCCCCUGCCGGAAUCGAAAAGAUACUUGCCGAUAGAAGAGGGCAUUAGGCAAGUCAGCGAAGGUGUUUUAGCGUAUCACACGGAUCCUAACACCGCAUAUCCGUACGUCGAAAGGAUGUUCGAUUCGAAUCAAAUCUGCGCGCUGACAGAGAUACAUUUGUUCAAGCAAUCCGUGAUGGGAAUGUACGCGAGUCACAACGCGCAGUUCGUCGAGAUGGCAAAAAUCGGGCUGACGAAAAUGUUCAACACCGGACUUCGCGAUCGUCAAAUUAAACACUGGUCGUCGAGAAAACCUCAAUGCCAGUCUGAUACCUUGUCGACGAGAAGCAUCACGAUCUAUGAAACCGCCCCCGCACUGAUCUUGCUGGCGUUCGGCAGUUUUAUGGCUGGUAUAUUUUGCUUAGGGGAAAAUAUUGCUCACAAACGUGCGAUGAAAGCGAAAUCUGGGAACCGAAAGAAGAUGGUCGGUGCAAGAGGAAGCGUCAUCAUCAGUGGAAGCAGCAGAGACAACUUGUUGGAUAUGCAGAAUUAAACUUGUCACCGUAAAACGCGAACAUCGCGACAGUUUGAUUAGUUGAUUGAUUUUAGUUGUGCCUAUAUAGCUUGACAUGUUCUUUGAACAAUAAAAAAUGAACUUAUUUAAUACA